CCAAAGAUGGAUCUGAAAAUCUUCAUUGUUCUCCUUUUUACUAUUUUUGCUGGAGGACACUCGCUCAAAUGUUAUGAGUGUGUCAAUGUGACAGGUUCUUGUUCAGGCGUAGCGACGACAUGUCCCACUGCCAAUCAUACCACCUGUAUGAGUGCAACAAGUAUUACAACUGUUGAUGGUGUUACAUAUACCCAUAAAUCUAAGAGCUGUAUUAUACCAAAGGAUUGUGGAAACUUAUCUGCUAAUGUUGUAGUUUCAAAGUCAAUAGUGUCUAUGCAGUGCUGCAACACUGAUCUCUGUAACAGCCACGAUGUCCCAGAUUCCAGCUUUAAUAGCCCCAAUGGAAAACAAUGUUACUACUGUGAUGAGAAGAGUUGCUUAAACAAAUUAAACUGUGUAGGAACUGAAGACUUCUGCAUCACAGCAGAAGUAAAUAUUUCAUCUCUGCUACCGACUGUAAAAGGAUGUGCCUCUAAAACUAUCUGUGAUGCUGGACCACAAUGGAACGGGAAAGUCUCAUGCUGUCAGGGGAAUCUGUGUAACAGUGCUGUGAGCGUCACUACUCAAUACCUCCUCUUUUUCUUAUACCCGUUCAUCUUCUGCAUCCUGAUCCACUGAAUUCAGCAGAACUGCACUCUUUUUCUAAAUCCCCUAAAAAUAAAUGAAAUAUACCUCAGCAGGCCUACCUAUAGCCUUUCAAAGAGUGCAGCUUUGCAUCUAAAGAGUUCAUAUUAUUAACCACACAGAAAGAUCUUAUAUGUGCUACAUGAGCUUAUGGGUUUUCAAACAAUUCUUUUCUAUCCACAUUUAUUACACGGCUCUCUGGAAUGCUUGAUUCUGAUUGGUCAGUUGAGACAUUUGCAGGUUCGUUCUUUUCAAAUAAUAACCGCUCCAAAAUAAUAACGCAUAGCCGGUACUACUUGCACGAGUAAAAUCGCUCCGCGCCAAUAAAGAUCAAUAAAGAUUACUGUCUGUUUGGCGCCAUCUUGUGACAAACACUGGACAACCAUGACAAGACACAGACAGCUUACUGAGACUGAACUUUACAAAAUAGAGCAUGACAGAUACGAAGCCAACACACAAAAAAAUACAGAAUGGGCAUUAAAACUUCUCAAAGACUGGCUAAAAGAGAAAAAAUGGAGACAAGUAUGAAGCAGAGGAUCUUAAUAAGGUAUUACGAUCAUUUUAUGCAUCUGUGCAAAGUUUCGCAGAAGGAUAAAAAUGUUAAUUUAAAACAAAUAUGCCAAUAAA